AUGGAAUACACCGACACGUACUUGAUCCUCAUUCUCUUGGGCAUCGUUAUACUUUCAUUCUCAACCCUCGGAACCAAUCGCAAUGCUCCCCAAGUCUCCAGCUCGCUUCCGAGUGUUCCCUACCGUCUACCAUUCAUCGGCUCUGCUUUCGAGUUUGUCCUGGACCAACGAAAGUUCUUCAGGUCUUACCGCGCUCGCUUUGGUCGCCAAUUCCGCGCGUUAAUAGGUGGAAGGUCUAUCAUCGCACUCGCCUCUCCAAGAGCCAUGGAUGCCGUCUACCGCAACCGAGAGAAAAAGCUCGAGGCUCAACGCGCGUUCCGCCGUAGCGCGCUCGGAGACAUCCAGUACCCCGACUUCGGCCGCAUGCUCACCGACGUUUUAUUUCCCCUCGUCGUCAACGCAAACAUCCACUCCGACUUUCACGCCACGGGACCCUCGCUGAACGCGCAAUUUGAGAGGUGCUUCACGGACCAGCACGCUCUCGGCUCGCCGCUCGCUCUCCGGCGUUUCGUAAUGCACACCCUUUUCCACUCGUUCACAUUCGCGUACUUUGGCCCCUCCUUCCCCACCGCGGAGGUGUUCGAGGACUUCGUGACCGUCGACGCCCAGUCGUAUUUCCUUUUCAACCCGCUCCUCUCCCCGUUCGCGUUCUCCGCGCACGCCGCCCAGCGCCGCAUCCACGCCCGCCUCUCCGCGUACAUCGCCCAGUGGGACGCCGCGCCGGGGACCGAGGACCUCCCCGGCAUCUCCACGCACGGGAACGCGAUUGGCCGCGCGCUCGUCCGCUCCGCCAUGCCGCGCAAGGACCAGGCGGGGACGCUGCAGCUGUACAUCUGGGGCGCCAUCUUCGUCAACACCUCCAACGUCCUCUUCUGGGCGCUCGCGCACCUCCUCGCGGACCCUGCCGCGCUCGCGCGCGUCCGCUCCGAGGUCGGCGCCGCGGUCGCGGAGGGCUUCUUUGGCGCGGAGGCGGACGCGCGCUAUGCAGCGGACCCCGCCGCGCUCGCGACGGAGCGCUUCGCGCUGCUCGACUCCGCACUCAAGGAGGCCGCGCGCCUGCACGUCCUCCCGGUGUCGUACCGGGAUGUGCGGGAGGACAUGGAACUGCCAGACGCGAGCGGGACGGGGACGUUCACGGUGCGUAAGGGCGACGUGGUGGUGCCGAACACGAUCGCCGUGCACCACGACGCGCAGUGGUUUGCGGACCCGGACGUGUUCCGCCUGGAUCGCUUCGUGGGCGAAGGCGGCGUCGAGGCCAACCGGCACCUGUACACGUGGGGAAGGGGGGCGCAUAUGUGCGCCGGCCGGCAGAUGGCGAACUACUUGAUGAAGAUGUUCUUCAUCAUGAUGCUCCGCACCUACGAUGUCGUCCCAGCAGACGGCUCCCCGGUCGUCAAGGUGCCAGCGGGAGAGCCGAGAAGCGUUUCGACUAUGACACCCGUCACCGACCUCAACAUCCGUCUGGUGAAGAGGAACGAAUAA